UGCUUUUACCUCCUUAUGGCUAAAAAUCUCCCACAGUAAACAUAACCCAAGAAAGCAAAGAAGCUAAAAGGGGUGAGAAAGAGAGAGAGAAAACUCAUAUAAUCAGCAUUUCUUGGUUUUCUGUGGCUUCGUCACUCAAAUAAAGGAACAAAAGAGAUCUGGUAGAUGGUUAUUAACAGAGAGGUUGCAUGUGAACAUUUGUGGAGAUGUCAGGUGGAGGAGCAUGCAGCAUAGUUUGGUUCAGGAGGGAUCUGAGGGUUGAGGAUAAUCCAGCACUUGCAGCAGGAGUCAGAGCAGGAGCUGUGGUUGCUGUUUUCAUCUGGGCACCUGAAGAAGAGGGUCAGUACUACCCUGGAAGGGUCUCAAGGUGGUGGCUCAAGAACAGUUUGGCUACCCUUGAUUCUUCUUUGAGAAGCCUUGGCACCCCUCUUAUAACUAAGAGAUCAACUGAUAGUGUUUCUUCUUUGUUGGAGGUUGUUAAGUCCACUGGAGCCACUCAAAUCUUUUUCAACCAUUUAUAUGAUCCAUUGUCACUAGUUAGGGAUCACAGAGCAAAGGAGGUUCUGACUGCUCAAGGCAUCACCGUACGUUCCUUCAAUUCAGAUUUAUUGUAUGAGCCAUGGGAUGUGAAUGAUGCUAAUGGCCAACCAUUCACAACUUUUGAUGCUUUUUGGGAAAGAUGCCUUACCAUGCCUUAUGACCCACAAGCACCUCUUCUUCCACCUAAAAGGAUUAUUCCAGGUGAUGCAUCAAGGUGCCCUUCUGAUACAUUGGUGUUUGAAGAUGAAUCAGAGAAAGCAAGCAAUGCGCUUCUUGCUCGAGCAUGGUCACCCGGGUGGAGCAAUGCAGACAAGGCUUUGACAGCAUUUAUAAACGGUCCCCUAAUUGAGUACUCGAAGAAUCGCAGGAAGGCUGACAGUGCCACAACCUCAUUCCUCUCCCCGCAUUUGCAUUUUGGCGAGGUGAGCGUCAAGAAAGUUUUCCAUCUUGUCCGAAUUAAGCAAGUCCUUUGGGCCAACGAAGGAAACAUAGCUGGUGAAGAAAGUGUGAACUUGUUUCUCAAGUCUAUUGGCCUUAGAGAGUAUUCAAGGUACAUCAGUUUCAACCACCCUUAUAGUCAUGAAAGGCCUCUUCUAGGACACCUUAAGUUUUUCCCUUGGGUAGUGAAUGAAGGCUAUUUCAAGGCUUGGAGACAAGGCAGAACAGGUUACCCUUUGGUGGAUGCUGGAAUGAGAGAGUUGUGGGCUACUGGUUGGUUGCAUGAUCGGAUACGCGUGGUGGUUUCUAGUUUCUUUGUGAAGGUUCUGCAGCUUCCUUGGAGAUGGGGAAUGAAGUAUUUCUGGGAUACCCUUUUGGAUGCGGAUCUUGAGAGUGAUGCUCUUGGUUGGCAAUAUAUAUCUGGCACUAUACCUGAUGGCCGUGAACUUGACCGAAUAGAUAAUCCACAGUUUGAGGGGUACAAAUGUGAUCCAAAUGGCGAAUAUGUACGACGCUGGCUACCUGAACUUUCAAGACUACCAACUGAAUGGAUACAUCAUCCAUGGAAUGCACCAGAGUCUGUAUUGCAAGCCGCCGGAAUUGAACUUGGGUCAAACUACCCUCUUCCAAUUGUUGGAAUAGAUGCAGCAAAAGCAAGAUUGCAGGAAGCACUGUUACAAAUGUGGCAACAAGAAGCAGCUUCAAGAGCUGCAAUGGAAAACGGAACCGAGGAAGGGCUUGGAGACUCCUCUGAAUCAGCCCCUAUUGCUUUUCCUCAAGACAUGAUAAUGGAGGAGGAAAGACAUGAACCUGUUAGGAACAAUCCCCCUCAUGGUACUCGACGCUACCAGGAUCAGAUGGUGCCAAGCAUCACUUCUUCCCAUGUGAGAGUGGAAGAGGAAGAAAUUGCUUCAGAUCUUCGAAACUCAGCACAAGACAACAGAGCUGAAGUGCCAAUGAAUGUAAACACACAGCAAAAUGCAAGAGAGGCAGUGAACCAAGGAGUGUUGCAGACUAUAAAUAGAAACAACACUCAACUACAGCACAAUAACACAGUGUGGCUGAGAAAUGCGGCCGAAGAUUCUACCGCAGAAUCUUCAAGUAGUACUAGGAGAGAAAGAGAUGGGGGUGUUGUCCCGGUGUGGUCUCCCCCAGCUUCUAGUUUCUCAGAGCAAUUUGUAGAUGAUGAAAAUGGUAUAGGAGCUAGUUCAUCCUACUUGCAGAGGCAUCCUCAGUCUCACCAAAUGAUGAAUUGGACUAGGCUACCUCAAACUGGGUAAUUCACAUCUGAAACAUGCCAACGAGAAGCAGGAGCAAAUUCAACCUCACCACUUCUGUUGGCAAAAUGGGAUGGAGAACCUGCAAUAGACAUGCAUGUUUUCAUUCUCUACUCCUUGUACUGAUGUUGACAAAUGAUUAACUGCUGACCUCCAAUGUGCAUGAAAAAUAUCAGUUCAUUCGGAUAGUGUCAUCUGCAAACACUUUUGCCUUUCUUGUACAAAAUGUGUAGGCCUAUUGUAUAGUGUAUUUUGUGUAGUGAGGGAGAGAAAGAAACUAUUGGAUCGUUGGUCUACUGAUAAACUCAGGUUUGUGCUUAUUAUUUAAGGCAGGAUAUAUUUCUUUUAA